GUGGAGGGAAAAUGGGGCCCAUUGAAAAUGCUACAAGUAUGGGCGCUCCUGCCCUCCGUUUAUUCACCGCUUCAGUGCUCAGUCGUCGCUGCUUCCGAAGCUGCUAUCUUCAACAAUCCCCAGAGAGGAAAUAGGGGAAUUGAGAUAAGGAGGAGAGAGAGUUUCGGGAUAAAUGGCAAGCGUCACCACUUCACAGUUCAUAUCAAGGAGCUCUAACUUCAACGCAAAAGUUGCGGGUGGAUCGGAUCCUAAGGCAACACUAGCAGAAAAUGGCAGCAAGCUUGUGACUCACAGUGGACUGAGAUCUCUCAACAGGUUGGAUGUCCUACAGCUGAGAACCAAUGCUAAGGCUGGCGCCAAGCAAUUGAAGAAGAACGGAUCCAGUACGGAAACCUCCAGGGCGUGGCAAGGUGCGAUUAAGUGCGGAUGUGGAAUGACCUUGAUCUUUGUUGGAGCGGAGGUUGGUCCGUGGAGCAAAACUGGUGGACUCGGUGAUGUUCUUGGAGGACUCCCACCGGCCAUGGCGGCUAAUGGACACCGAGUUAUGACAGUGUGCCCACGCUAUGACCAGUAUAAGGAUGCCUGGGAUACAAACGUGGUGCUGGAGAUCAAAGUUGGGGACAGAGUUGAAACUGUCCGGUUCUUUCACUGCUACAAGCGAGGUGUUGACCGUGUUUUUGUAGACCACCCAAUCUUCCUCGAGAGGGUAUGGGGAAAAACCGGAUCCAAAAUAUAUGGUCCCAGAGCUGGACUGGACUACAAAGACAACCAACUUCGCUUCAGCCUGUUGUGCCAGGCAGCUCUUGAAGCACCACGAGUUCUGAACCUAACCAGCAAUAAAUAUUUCUCUGGACCAUAUGGGGAAGAUGUUUCCUUUAUCGCUAAUGAUUGGCACACUGCUCUUCUUCCCUGCUACCUGAAAACUAUGUAUCAAGCAAGGGGAAUUUACAAAAAUGCCAAGGUUGUCUUUUGCAUUCACAACAUUGCGUACCAAGGCAGGUUUGCCUUCUCGGAUUUUUCAUUUCUGAAUUUGCCAGACCAGUUCAAGGGCGCUUUCGAUUUCAUCGAUGGGUAUGACAAGCCUGUGAAGGGACGGAAGAUUAACUGGAUGAAGGCAGGAACGCUGGUAUCAAACAGGGUUGUGACAGUGAGCCCAUAUUAUGCUCAGGAAUGUGUUUCAAGUGUAGAGAAAGGCGUGGAAUUGGAUAACAUCCUUCGCAUGGUUGGCAUCACUGGUAUUGUGAAUGGCAUGGAUGCACAAGAGUGGAACCCAGCCACUGACAAAUAUAUCUCUCCAAAAUACAAUGCUGCAACAGUGAUGGAUGCCAAACCCCUUCUGAAAGAAGCACUCCAAGCAGAAGUUGGGUUACCUGUUGAUAGGAAUAUUCCUGUGAUAGGUUUCAUUGGUAGACUUGAAGAACAGAAAGGUUCGGAUAUCCUUGUGGCAGCCAUUUCCCAGUUUAUUGAAGAGAACGUUCAGAUAAUUAUCCUUGGGACUGGCAAGAAGCACCUGGAGAAACAGAUUACAGAUUUGGAGAAAUUGUAUCCUGAUAAAGCCCGUGGAGUGGCAAUGUUCAACAGCCCGUUGGCUCAUAAGAUCAUUGCUGGGGCAACUUUCAUGUUGAUCCCAAGUAGAUUUGAGCCGUGCGGUCUCGUUCAGCUGCACGCCAUGCGAUAUGGAACGGUUCCAAUUUGUGCCUCAACUGGUGGGCUGGUUGACACCGUCAAAGAAGGUUUUACAGGAUUCCAUAUGGGUUCCUUCAAUGUCGAGUGCAAAGCUGUGGAUCCUGUGGAUGUUAAAGCACUGGCAACCACCGUGAAGAGAGCACUCAAAGCCUACAACACCCCUGCUUUGGCAGAGAUUAUCCAGAACUGCAUGGCUCAAGACCUCUCAUGGAAGCAACCUGCUAAGAACUGGGAGAAGUUUCUGCUGAGCCUUGAGGUUGCUGGCAGCGAAGAGGGCAUUGAUGGGGAGGAGAUAGCUCCUCUUUCUAAAGGGAACGUCGCAACUCCUUGAGUGCGCUUAAAGCUGUCCCUGGGGCUGCUAGUUUUGAUCCAUUACUACUAUGGAUGCUACUAACAUAAUUCCCAAGGGUAUAAGGAUGGAUGUUAUGUUGGUUAUCUUCUCUCAACGAACAACUGCGGGCUGGUAUACGUAUAAUAAUUAGGGCGUUUUCCUUGGCGAGUAGGUGCAGUUCCGGUUGAUGUACAUUCCAUCAUUAAAACUACUAAAAAGAGACCCAUCUGUGUGUCUCUUUGGUUGUAUCUAUAAUCUUUCGAUUGGAAGCAGCCUUCCCCUCAAAUAAAUUAAGUCUUUAUCAAAGUA